AUGUUCAACUUUAUUAUAUUCCUUUUAACAAUUACACUUAUUUCUGGAAAUCAAGACUUUUAUUCAUUCCUUGAUUCAGUUGACAAUGAAAUUGAAGAAAUUGAAAAUGGCAAUGAUGCUUUUAGUGAUAUUAAUAAUGAAGAAUAUGAAUUAGAAGAAGAUGAUGAUCAAAUUCCAAUGCAAUUUCAUCCAGUAAAGAUAUAA